UCCUCGGUCCUAUUGGGUUUAUUGAUAGCCAAUCGGCAAAGGGCCGCUCCGGCUCGACGCUCCGAUAGGCCGAUCUUGGGGGGCGGAGCCUCCCUGCUCCGAGGCUGUGCCGGAUGGAGGUGUGUGGGAGGGCUAGGGAUUGGGGGACUGCGGAGCUGCGGGUCCUGACGGCGACGUUGCGGUCUGUGGACGGGGAACGGCCCGGGGCCGACACCAUCACCGACCGCAGCCGACGCCCUCUUAGCCCUUUAUCGUUUACAUGAUUUAAACUCACCAUGUUGACUGAGGCUUUGCUAGUCUCAGCGCCUGGGAAGGUCAUCCUUCAUGGGGAGCAUGCCGUGGUCUAUGGCAAGGUUGCAUUGGCUGAAGCCUUGGAUCUGAGAACAUUCCUGCAGAUAAAGCCCCACAAAGAUGGGAAGGUCAGCCUCAGGUUGCCGAACUUGGGGACCAAAAGGGACUGGGACGUGUCCAAACUCCAGCUGCUGCACACAGCCUUCCUAGACUCGGGGGAGCCCACAGCUCCAGUGCCAGAGCAAGUGGAAAAGCUGAAGGUGUUUGCGGGCUUCCCGAUGGACUCCUCCGACAGCGAGUGCCUGGCAGUGCUGGCCUUCCUGUACCUGUACUUGUUUAUUUGCAGGAAGCAGAGGCACUUGCCUGGCUUGGACAUUGUGGUGUGGUCGGAGCUGCCCACGGGGGCGGGCCUCGGCUCCAGCGCUGCCUACUCAGUCUGCCUGGCGGCUGCCCUGCUCACCUUCUGUGAAGAGAUCCCGAGUCAUCUGAGCGAAGGUGCCGCCAGCGCCCGGUGGACCGAGGAGGAGCUGAGUGUGAUUAACAGAUGGGCCUUUCUGGGCGAGAAGCUCAUUCACGGGAACCCUUCCGGGGUGGACAACUCCAUCAGCACUUGGGGCAGAGCGCUUCGGUUCCAGGGAGGGAACAUUUCACCUUUACAGAGGAUCCCCAUCUUGAGGAUUCUCCUGACCAACACAAGAGUGCCCCGGAGCACCAAGGCCCUGGUGGCAGGCGUCAAGGACAAGCUGGUGAAGUUCCCGGAGAUAAUGAAGGCGCUGCUGGCGUCCAUGGAUGCCAUUUCCCAGGAGUGUGAGCGUGUGCUGGGCGCGAUGGUGGCGGCCCCGGCCCCGGAGCAGUACCUGGUGCUGGAAGAGCUCAUCGACAUGAACCAGCACCACCUCAAUGCCAUCGGAGUGGGCCACGCCUCCCUGGACCGGCUCUGCCGGGUCACGGCCUCCCAUGGGCUGCACAGCAAGCUGACCGGGGCCGGCGGCGGGGGCUGCGGCUUCACUCUGCUCCGGCCAGGUCUGGAGCAGUCUGUGGUGGAGGCCGCCAAACAGGCCCUCACCGACUGUGGGUUCGAGUGCUGGGAGACCACAGUUGGGGCUCCCGGCGUCUCCCUCCACGCAGCGUCCUCCCUGAAGGCCAACGUGCUGCAGGCUUUGGCCGGUCCCUAGAGGACGCUCUGCAGCCCCGGGUCCGAUGGGGGCUUCCUGGGCCCUGGCAGGCGUCCCCGAGCUCCUGCUCCAGCGCCGGUCAUGGCAGAAUGGCAUCGCGCUGCACCAACCAGGCACCGUGACCCCUCUGGCUUCCUCACGCUCCCAGAUGUUCCUGAGGCAAAGGCUCUCCUGCCUUCAGACAGCCCUGGUCCCAAGGCCUGCCAUAGACCAGCCGGCUCCAGGCCUUCCCUUGUUUCUGAGCCUGGGCUGGAGGAGGCUCCGGAGGAGGCUGGCUGGACUGGGCCAGGCCCUCCUCAAAGAGAGCAGGAGCUUUGUCCACUUGUCCAGAUACAGGGGAGCCCGCCUCCGGCAUGAACCCUUGCCCCACUCCUGGGGAGCCCGUCCUGAGACCCCCGACUGUGCCCCGGGCCAUGCGGACAUCUCCUCAGCAGCCGAGCCAGACUGUCCGCGGGUGGCUCUGCCUCCAGCCCAGGCUAGAGUCCAUCAUAGGCGAUGGAUAAACCAGGAAGCCUUUGGAGCCUUUGUGGUGGAGCACCUCGCUGGGCCGGAGGGCGGCCAUUCUUAGAAACAGUCACUGCCCAGGGCCCCAGUGCGUUAUUCAGAAUCCGAACCUGGGACCCGGAGCCUCUGAGCUUGCUAUGGUGGGAGCUGUUCCUAUCCUUAGUUCUUGAAAUAAGCUGGGAGGAUGGAGGUGGGGGGCAACGGGCACCAUAAUCUGUAGAUAGAAUGGAUCGGUGGAGGAUGGGGGAAGGACUGGGCCUAGUGGUGAUAUUCCUUAGGAAGAAAUGCUAAAGGAGCCAAGACCUCUGGGCAGGGUCUGCUGAGCUCAAGACUGGGGCCUCCCGGGCCUUGGAGGAGCCUGCCCUCGGCUCAGAUCAACCACAGAAAAGGCAAAGCCUUAUUAUUUGAAUGGGAAGAAAUGGGGAAAAAACUUUCAUAGUAAAUCUAUUUUUAGUAUGGUGAUUUUGUGUUAUUACUCUUUAAGAUUUAUAUGCUUUGGGGGGAUCCUCUCCAGAGAUCUCGAUUUUAGGGCUCUGACUUAAUGGGGCUUGUUCGGUUCUCAGCAGCCCCUUGAAUGAGUAGAGCGAGGACGGGGCCCGACUCCUUUGUCUGCCUCAGGAUGAGCCGGCUUACCAUCAAGCAUGGGAUCUCAGUCUCUUCAUUCACUUUAUUAUUUUUUUAUUAAAGCUUUCUAUUUUCAAAACA